AUGCGACAUGCCUCAAGCGACUUUGUGCACGCUAAUCUAUUCAUAGGGCUGUAUGGCUUCGAUGUGCGCGGCCCCUCUGCAUUCCCCAUUCUCCAGCAACAUUAUUGGUCAAAUGUCUUAAGCAUAUUGAGAGAUCGGGUUGGAGCUGAAGUCAUCGUGACUGCAGUACCAAGGUAUGUGGGCAUGGACAGAAUCUUGAGCAGAAAAGCUCCUGGGCGAGGAAUCAAUUUCAUGGCACACUCAAUGGGCGGACUUGACUGUCGGCACUUGAUCACCCACAUCAAGCCGGCAGAGUACACACCGCUGUCUCUGACAACUAUUGCGACCCCUCAUCGUGGUAGUCCGUUUAUGGACUGGUGUAGGGAGAACAUUGGCAUCGGACGGCUCCGUCAAAAAGAGCUAGCCGCCCUUGCCGCAGAAGCAUCAUCAGAGAAGGACGCUCCAAACGCAGUCCCUCUGAAGGCUUCACAGGACGCAAGGGAGAAAACACCAACGCCCAAGUCGACGCUGUCAUUGGCGUCGCUCCCAUCCUCAUUCACGACGCUAUUGCUAUCUCUCCUCGACUCGCCAGCAUAUGCGAACCUUACGUCCACAUACCUCAACACGAUAUUCAAUCCGAAUACUCCGGACCAUCCAUCGGUGAAGUAUUUCAGCAUAGCAGGGCGGAUCGCCAACCUCAACAUAUGGCAUCCGUUGUGGCUGCCAAAGAUGGUGCUUGACGGGUAUGAGGAGCGUGAGCGCGAGCGAUCACGGAGAGAGGGGGACUCGCGGUGGGCCCAGCAAGAGGAGUGGGGCAACGACGCGCUCGUCACGAUCCAGAGCGCGCGCUGGGGCCAGUUUCUAGGUGUCCUCGAGGGCUGCGAUCACUGGGACAUGCGUGGCGCGCGGGGAAUCGAGGUGGACCUCCCCUCCGUAUCAGUGCCGGGGCUGAAUAUACUGGGCGGAAGCAAGGCGAAGGAUGACAAGCAGAAGGAGGCAGGCGACGGAUGGAAUCUUACGGACUGGGGCCGGUUCGUGCGUGCAUGGAAGCGAGAGGAGAAGGCGGCGGCGAAAAGCGCAGGCGUGGGUGUAAGUGAGCAGAAGAAUCAGGAGGCAAAGGCGCGCGAGCUGCUCGGCGCUCAGGCAGGCGCGGAGAAGGAACAAGCGGAUGAGGUGCUCAAAUCGUCGACAGAUAAGCUGUCAGCAGUGUUCGACUGGAUUGUCGAACAGGUACCAUCUCCGCGCGCUCUGGGAACGUCGUCCAAUGCCUCAGAGCGUGAGCACAAGCGUGCGCCACCAGAACCAAAGGCAGGUAGAGAGAGAAACGAGAAGCAGGCCGAGAAGAGUGAUUUAGCAACUAAGAUGGACUUAGAGAGAUUCUACGUCGCCCUGUGUAGGAAACUGUACGACGAAGGACUGUAA